CUCAGUCUUUCUUCGUUGAAUUGAAGAAACUGGCAGUGUCAGCCCCGCCUAUUAAUACUCUCUCUCUCUCUCUGUGUUUGUGUGUGUGAGUGAAAAGGAUGGAGAGGACAAAGAAGAAGGUGCUGCUUUUCUACUGCUUGGAAGCUGAGGAUUUGGCGCGUAAAGUUGCUGCUCAAUCUGACCUCAUCCAGCUUCAGUCCAUUAACUGGAGGAGUUUUGAUGAUGGAUUUCCAAAUCUGUUCAUUAAGAAUGCACAUGAUAUACGAGGCCAGCACGUUGCCUUUCUAGGAUCUUUCAGCUCUCCUGCGGUCAUAUUUGAACAGCUUUCGGUUAUUUUUGCACUUCCAACGCUGUUCUGUGCCUCCUUCUCAGUUGUAUUGCCCUUCUUCCCUACUGGCUCCUUUGAGCGGAUCGAAGAGGAAGGUGACGUUGCAACUGCGUUUACCUUGGCCAGAAUGCUGUCUAACACCCCUGUCUCGAGGGGUGGUCCGACCAGUCUGGUUAUCUAUGACAUACAUGCUCUGCAGGAGAGGUUUUAUUUCGGUGAUAGUAUUCUACCUGUUUUCGAGAGUGGGAUCCCGCUACUAAAGGAACGGCUUCAGCAACUUCCAGAAUCGGACAAGAUAGUCGUUGCAUUUCCUGAUGAUGGAGCAUGGAAACGAUUCCACAAGUUACUCGAUCAUUUUCCUAUGGUCAUCUGCAACAAAGUUCGUGAAGGUGACAAGAGAAUAGUGAGGAUAAAAGAGGGUAAUCCCUCUGGUUGCCAUGUCGUCAUCGUUGAUGACUUAGUGCAGUCCGGUGGCACCUUGAUCGAAUGUCAGAAAGUUUUGGCAGCACAAGGUGCAGCAAAGGUGAGUGCAUAUGUCACUCAUGGUGUGUUUCCAAAGAGGUCUUGGGAGCAGUUCGUUCACAAGAACGACAACGUUUCAGUGAAGGCGUUCAGCCACUUCUGGAUCAGUGAUUCGUGCCCCCUCACCAUUGAAGCCAUCACCGGAAAAGCUCCCUUUGAAGUGCUGAGCCUCGCGAAAUCCAUAUCCGACGCCCUCCAAAUCUAAGGCCCGGAUCGCCCCGGUCACCGGAGGAAAAGGAAUCCAAUCCAUUGCUCAACUAUGACUCUUGUAUUGAACUACAGAAUUCACUUCCUAUUUUUGCCAAUUUAACAUGUAUGAAAACAGACAAUCUUGUAACUUUGUGGAAGAUCUAUUUGAGUAUAUUCUAUUCAAGAUUGAGUUUUUCAAGAUCA